AUGCGAGAAGCCCCGUCAGCUGGCUCACCAAGAGUGCACGCCGUCCUUGUGAAAAAUUUCCUUGCUCUCGCCCUCGUCCCUAAACCUUUCAAUACUGCGCAAAAGUGUGCGGCCCGACUCUUCUUGAUCGCUGGCGGCGCCCCAGCUGGUGCAAACGUCCUCGCUCGUUCACCUGCGACCAUAUUUUCAGCAACGCUUGAAACGUCCAGCGCCGCGUUGCUCACGGCGUAUAGAAUACCAGGCCCGACCAAAGCCUAUGUGUGUCGCGGCCAUCCCGGGCGUUUUGGCGAUGGAGCUGGCGGUGCUCUAGGUGUACACAAAGCGCGGGUCCGCCGGCCGCGCCUGAGGCUGGAACCGUCGCGCUCGGCGUGUGUCGCCUCGGGCGAGAUCGGCGCCGUGGUGCACUGGCACGUGGGUUACGGUGACCUCGUAGCCGCCAGCCUCCAGAGCACCGCCGACCUCCUCUCGGCCCUGUCCGCCGCGCCUCGCAUAUAUAUCGGGCGGCUCCCUCGGCCCGGCCAGCGAGACGGUCGACCAGGUCGCCGACCUCGUUACCGACGCGGGAACUACGCGCAGACCAGGCUCGUUUCCGAGGUGCUCGUGCGCCGCAACGCGGAGAGCGACCGCAGCUCAGGCGUGUCCAACCCUAACGAUUUCCUCUGGCGCCUUGUGGGUUCGGGCGUCCGUAUUAGCGGCCAUGACGCAGACGAGGCCGAGGACGCCGGCGCAUGGCUGUUCGACGCCGGCAACGACCAGAUUAUCAGUGUCACCAUGGGUGCGUGCAUGCCGCCGGUGUCGGGCACCGUCAGACAGCCCAUCCGCCUCGUCCUCGUUAGCGAGCUUUGGCGGAUCCUGGCCCGGGACCCGGAGCUCGGUUUCGACCUCCAGUCCAUGGGCCGCCGCGACGACUGGCUGCCCAGGGUCGAGCGUGACAUGAACGCGCGCGGGCCCGCCCACCACAUCUCCCCUGCCUUCCGCCUCAUGCAAAGCAGGCAGGGUACCGUGAGUGUGCGUCGCAUGCCCGGCGAGAAGACCUUCUUUCCCGAGGCCGAGGUUCGUGAACGUGACAGGCGCAGCCUCGUCCGCCUCAAAAAAACGUCGGCUCCUUUUCGACCGGCGGGGCGGCGGCCUCGCAGCCGGAUGCUGGCGUGCUCAGUCGCGGUGGCCGGAGGUUUGGCGACGCGACAACGUUGUGAGUUUUGCAGGGCAGAAAUGUGAGAUUAUGCUUGAG